GUCUAACAGUGACCCGGGCAGCAGAUCACAGAGCAUAUCGCUGGAUUUCCAAGAAACGGGGAGAAACAUGUUAACAAAAUCGACGUGCAGCUGAACAUCAUGUCCUUCCUCUCGCCCCAAGAUUUGUGCCGUUUGGGAAGCACGAGUUGUUACUGGAGGGCAGCUGUGCAAGACCCGUUGUUAUGGAGGUAUUUUCUCCUGCGGGAUCUUCCCUCUUGGACAUCUGUUGAUUGGAAAUCACUUCCAGAUGAGGAAAUUUUUAAUAAAGCCUUUUCAGAGGUCAGCGACAAUGAACUGUAUGAUUACAUGGCAGUAUAUAAAAGGAGCUGUCCUGAGGGUAGAAGAAGUUUGAAAUCGAUCCGUCCCCGGUAUGGGACUGUGACUUCCUUUUUGCAAUCACUGGUCACUCAGGCAGAACCUCGCUUUGCUAUGUUUGGGCCAGGUUUGGAAGAGCUGGACAACUCUUUAGUACAAAAGAUGAUGACAUGCCCAGAAAUUCUGCUGGUAGCUGGCCUACCUCAGAGACAAAUUCAUGGAAUUGGAUCAGGAGUCAGUUUUCAGUUUAACAACAAUCAAAAAUUCAAUAUUGUGACAUUGUAUUCCACCACGAGUGUGGAAAGGAGGAGAGCAAGGGAGGAGCAAGCUGUUGCUGUGAAUAAGAUGUUUUACCAAGAGAACAGCACAGUAGGGAACCAGCAAGCCAUGCACUACAGUGUAAUAGCUCAAGUGAGGAAGGUGUGCGAAGUAGUUGAUGGAUUCAUUUAUGUUGCUAAUGCAGAAGCUCAUAGAGCACAUGAUCGUCAGGAGGAGCUGGCUCGUAUUUCGGCAAUGAUUGAUCCAGCCCUCGGGCCUCCGAACAGACCUCUGCUGGUUUUGUCCUGUGUGUCUGACAUCGGUGUGGAAAGAAUUCCGUGUGUUUACGUGGCACAUCAGUUGCAACUUAAUCUGCUGCAUCAGCCCUGGAUGAUGCAGGACACUGUAGCUGCAACUUUAGAUGGACUGCUAAAUGGAAUUGAGUGGCUCUUGGAAGAAGCAAAUUGUAAAAGUGCCCAGUAGUAGGAUUAGGCUUUGUUGCCCUGUAUAAACCUUUUGAUGUUUUCCCUUUCGGUUAAAGUAAGAAUCUUGUCCUUCCUGCCAGAGUACUGUCAGAAGGGAAAACUAAUAAGGCAGACCUGUAUAUAUUUCACUGCACAUACUUAAAUCCUUAACAUUUUUCCAAAAUUAGAAGUACAAGUAGGAUUGCCUCGAUUCUAGAUGCAACGAAGAAGUGAUUUGAAGGGACAAUCUUGAGUGUUUUAUUGUUUUUCUCUCCUUUCAACCAGAAGCCUUAAGAGUACAAUCUUUUCCAAUAUAUCUGAUGGUCUAAUAUCUUCUAUAAAUAAAUAUGUAACACUACAUUAGUUUAUCAGUACAGCCCUAUCACACAUUUAGUAAAUAUAUUCAAUGGAGAUCUUUACAGUGAUACUUCCUGACCGAAGAAAACAUACUGCAGGUUGUACAGUAGGAGGUUGACAGAAAGACAGUAACUCUUGAAUUUAGAAAAGUGAGUUCCCCUGAAUUUUUCUAGAAAAAAUGCCUAGACAAAAAAUAGUGGGGGGAAUUUUCAGCCCAGACCAAAUUUCUUAGAAGCAAACAAACACUGUUGCAUAUGAAUUGUUGUUUCUUUGUCGUGAUCUUACUUAAACCAACCACAAUAGACUUCAGCAUCUUUUUCUUUCUGUUACACUGAAAACAUUACCUUGAACUGGAUAUUCCUCUGAUUCCAUGAACAAAUGUUAAACAGGAUCAUUUGGGACUUUUUUGCAUACACAGACUAUCAAGUUUCCCAAAUAGUUGUGGCCAUUUGCAGAUAUGAAUUAUACCUGUCUUGAAAUUUUCUAUGCAUUUGCAAAUAGUUUUAUGAAAAGCAAAGCAACAUUUUAAAGCUGGAAAUUGUGUUUUCCAUAUAGAUGUCUUUCAGGAUAAUCAUCAUCUUCCACCUUUUCAUGUUUUUACUAUUGGGUGAAUGUUCAGAAACUUCACUUGGAUUUCUUGCAGAGCAUUUAUUUGCUUUAUUCUGGGCUUUUUGUUUUAUUUUGUCCUAUCAUCAUGGAAAUUCAAGUGUCUCAUAGCUUUUUCUUGGAACCCUAGAUAAAUGAUUACAUAACACACAUACAGCUGUAACUGCCCUCAGUCUGGGAUACUUGAGUGAUGAUCAACACAACCAUGUCAGAAACAUUCUGUUUGAGAUGAUGUUUGGGAUUUUUUAAUGAACUAGAAAGUAUCUCCUUUUUUUUCAUCUUUAUGCAAAAUUAAUCCAUUUUCCCAGAUUUUUUGGUGUCUCCUAAUCAGGGACACAUGAGAGUUUAAAAGAAAAUCCAAAGGAACAUUACAAUGAAAAUUCUGUGGUUUAUACUUUUUUUUUUUUAAUAGUGUAUGUGUUUUGCCCUUUGAAACAGAGCAGACCCAACAGAUUUAAGUGUUUGGAGUAAAAUUCCAUGCUUUGUGACUGGGUGUAUGAGAUUUUCCUCCUAAUCACAUUAAUUUCAUAGUGGUCUGUUUGUAUGGGAUUGAAUGGAGCAACCUGAUUCUGUGUUUGCAACUACAAAUAUGCAGGGGUUAUGGAAGAUCCUCUUUCUACUUUCUUCAUCAGGAAUAAAUACUUUUUUAAAGAAUGAUAUUUAGAGUCUUCCUGUGUGAGUUAAUCCCCUUACAGGUGUGUCAUCUAUAGUUAUUAAUAAACAAGGUUAUUGUAUGUUACCAGUUUAAUUAAGAUAACUCACUGUCAUUUCAAAGGAUUAGGAUAAUGUAGAGUAUGUAGUUUUUCUGAAAGAUCUGUUAGAUUAACUUAAAGCUAGAAUACCUAUCAGAAUUACAGGUUUUAAGGGUGUAGUCUAGAAAACACAGUGGGCAUGAGAAGUCUGUACAGUCACAGAGCUCCAUGAUUAAAUGCUGUGGUGGAUCAGCAAGGCAAGGAAGAUGAGCAUGGACACUGUCCAAAGGAGCAGCUGGGGUGCACAGAGAUAGGCUGUGGAAGAGGCAACCAGCUUGUUGAGCAUAUACAGCAAAUAGUUGAAGAGAUGCACUGCCUUUUACAUUUGACAAUUUCUCCUAUUUCAGUUCCUGAGUCUGCUGAAUUUAGAAGCAUAGAAAUCAUUUAAGCUUGGGACUGCCAUUUUUAGAAAGUCAAAAAUAGUUGGAUAUGGAAUAUUAGAACAUGACUUAAGUGUAUCUCAAAACUUUGUAAUGUAAAAAGAAA